AUGGUUCGUCGCAAAGUCCCACACCACGCUCCGCGGGCGGCCUCCACCACGUCCCACUCCCCUACCGCGAAGGACCAUGUGUCUGCACGCGACUAUUACAAGCGGCGAUAUGAAGAAAUGGACAAAAAGCGUCGGUCUACGGGUCUUUAUGAGGACUCCACAAAAUCACACAUGAAUAGGAUGGAAGGUCUGUGGAAAGAGUACUGCAAGGUAGUCAACGUGGACCCAUACCACACGCUCAAGAAGUCUCCUGCGGGCAGGAUCAACAACUUCUUUCACUGGAUGUGCAACGAGUACACCGUCCGGAAGGUCAGUUCCGUCACCACGUACUGGCACCAGCUCAGCCAAGUGUACAUCAAAUACAAGGGUCGACGGAUCAGUCCGCUGGUGUUGAAAAAAGUUUACGAGUUCAUUGUUGGACCCCUGGCACAAGAGCAUGGCUUGGAUGACAGCGAGACAGACAAACCCUUGUUGGACGUGGAAGACUUCUUGGAGGUGCUCCGCUGUCACUGGGUGACCGACACCAACUCCUUCCCGCACGAACGCCAGCGGGUGCAGGUCGCCACCCUUCUCUUGUUGGCGGCGGUCACCGGUUCUCGCCCUGGGGCACUGCUGGGGAUCACCUACCGCGAUAUCGAUCUGUUCGUAUUGCGCGACCCAAAAACAGGUGAGGUCGCUCUGACCCUCCAGCUUCGCUUGAAGAAGACCAAAUCACGACAGAAGCGAAAGCGACCGAAAACAUAUACCUUCUUUGUGGACAACAAUCCCAUGUUCUGCGUGAUCUCCCAUAUCGUUGCUCUUGCGUGCGAUGACGAAGCCUUCCGGUUCCCCAAAACUACCCCCCGGGUGGUUUUCACGCUUGGAGUACGCCCUGGGUUGAACUGCCAGCCAAUCCAGUGGCAUGAUGACAUGAAGGACCAGCCCGUCUUCUGCGCAUCCAGCUGUCCAGGCCGAGGAAAGGGGAAGGAGCUGCACGAGUCCCUCCCCUAUAGCCGAUAUCAGGAAUGGGUGAAGCGUUUGGGAGAAGAGACCGGCUUCGUGCAGGUGUUGACCACUUAUUGCCUCCGUCGAGCGUCGGGGAACGCAAUUAACGACGACCCCAACUCGAACGAAGCGGUGCGCAAUCUGGUGCUCGACCACGCCAGUUCGAUGAUCUUCCAGCGAAAUUAUCUCUCCCGAAUGAUUCGUUACGACACGCAAGCGGCCUAUCGAGGCACCGUAUCGCGAGGGGACUUGAUCGUUGCUUCUCACCGGAUGAGCCGCACGAUCGAUCCUCGUCGACCUCGCGGGCCGUCCCUCCAACAAUUGCAACACUUACGGCAGGAUGCAGGCAUCCAAGAGUUACGCGAGCACCAGCACAAUCUCUACAUUCAGAUCCGCGAGAAGUUCAAUUUCAUCUACCGGGCAGAAGGUCAGCCGAUCUAUGACGAAUAUCAGCAAGUCAAGCGAGACAUCGAUCGUCUGCUCAAAGAGAAAGGGCGGGCACUCAAGGCGCAAUUGCAAGCAGACUACGACGCGGCAGCUCCGAUGCAGGAUAUGCUCGCCCAGCUGGCGGUCCACGGUCCCAUCCUCUCCCCCGUUCAACCUCGUCCGGCUCCGGUGGAGUAUCCCUUCGAGGAACGCGCGCGCAUCGCCCAAGCCUUCUUUGAUCCACCAUCGUCCGCCGAGUGUGAUGGGAACCCAGAUCGGCAGAUCUCCAUCGUCGACGACUUGGUCACGCUAUGCACUCGCCAAGAACGGCGUCUUCGGAAACCUCGUCGAUCGUGGGAGGAUGACACUGCUAACAGCUCGUCGGAUGACAAUACUGAUAUGGAAAUCAAAUCGGAAUACUCAGGUUCCGACGUACCGGCUGGACAUCAUUUCCCCCUUCAAUGUCGGCCUUUCCAAUGUCUGCACUGCAUCGGCAAUGCCACAUUGCCCCUGCUCGAACGACAACAUGUCUUCGGCAGUAAACAUUCGCUGCAGCGCCAUCACGACCGACAUCACGGGUUUCAGCCGGGCCAGAACUGCCCAUUUCCCAACGAUGAAUGCGCGCAACUCGCACUCGCAAGCCUCAUGCACUUCAAGAAUCACGCGGCGGGGGUCCAUGGAAUUUAUAUGUCUGACAAGCAAAGUCACCAGAUGCAAGAACCUGGAGACGGAGGAAUCCAUCGGGACCAAAAGCCCAACUCGCGAAAGCUCCCAGCUCUUCUUCUUCAUCGUCGCGCCAAUUCUCCCCUUGGAUUUGUUCCCACCUCCGUUCUCCGUCAUGUCAGUGUGAAAGUGGUGAUCUGCGAGGAAGCUGGUGAGGUGUUGGAGGCCCACAUGCUUUCUGCACUGAUACCAAGCGCUCACCACCUCAUUCAAAUCGGCGACCAGCAGCAGCUUCGUCCUCAAAUCAACAACCACAACCUGUCCCUGGAAAAUCCGCUGGGCCGACUUCACCAGCUCGACCGCAGCCAGUUUGAGCGACUCUCCGUCGGUGAGCGUGGCAGGCCUCCGUUUUCCGUUUCUCAACUCAGUGUCCAGCGCCGCAUGCGACCUGACAUAUCAGCCCUCAUCCGAAAUGCCCAAUAUCCUCGCCUCGAGGAUCAUGCCAGCGUUCGAGAUCUUCCGAACGUGAUCGGAAUGCGGAACAACAUCUUCUGGCUCGAUCACAAGAGGAUCUAG